AUGGACCAUGAAUUCGUGACAUUCAGGGAUGUGGUCAUCAGCUUCUCUCAGGAGGAGUGGGAAUAUCUGGAUUCUGUUCAGAGGGACUUGUACUGGGAUGUGAUGAUGGAAAAUUACAGCAACUUGGUCUCAUUGGAAAUUUUCUUUCCCUUUCUUUCCGACUUGGAAUCCAAGUAUGACACAAAGACUUUAUCUGUAGAGAAGGACAUUCUUGAAAAAAAUAAUUCUCAGUGGGAAGUAAUAGAAAACAGUAAAUUAGUUGGCCUUCACAACUCCAGUUUUAGAAAUGAUUGGCAAAGCCAAAGGAAGAUUGAAGUACAAAGACCUGAAGUGGGAUGUUUCAGUCAAAUAGAAAUCAUCUCUGAAAAGGUGCCCAGUUACAGAAAUCACACAUUUCUUACAUUACAUCAGAGAUUUCAUGAUAGCAAGAAGCCCUUGAAAUAUAAGCAGUAUGGGAAGGUCCUUAGUUGUGCAUUAAGCAUUGAUGAAUAUGAGAAAAUACAUAGUGGUAAAAAAACCUCUGAAUGUAGUAAAUAUUGGGAAACCUUUGGAGUAGAUGAACCCCAUACCCUACAACUGAAUAUUCAUACUGGUGUGAAACCUUGUAAAUGUAUGGAAUGUGGAAACGUAUUUAGUUUUUAUGAAGCCCUUAGUGUACACCGUGAUAAUCAGAAGUGCUAUAAAUAUAAGGAAUAUGGAAGGACUCUUAGAAGAAUUGAAGAAAUCACUUCAUUUCAAAGAAUUCAGGAUUGUAAGAAACCCUAUGAAUGCACUUUCUGUGGGAAAUCUUUUAGAGUGCAUGCACAACUUACUAGACAUCAGAAAAUCCAUACUGAUGAGAAACCUUACAAAUGUAUGGAAUGUGGCAAGGAUUUUCGAUUUCAUUCACAGCUAACCGAACAUCAGAGAAUUCAUACUGGUGAGAAACCAUACAAAUGUAUUCAAUGUGAGAAGGUCUUUAGAAUUAGUUCACAGCUUAUUGAACAUCAGAGAAUUCAUACUGGUGAAAAACCGUAUGCAUGUAAACAAUGUGGGAAGACUUUUGGAGUCUGUAGAGAACUUGCUCGACAUCAAAGAAUUCAUACUGGUAAGAAACCCUAUGAAUGCAAGGCAUGUGGAAAGGUCUUUAGAAAUAGUUCAUCCCUGACCAGACAUCAGAGAAUUCAUACUGGCGAGAAACCAUAUAAAUGUAAGGAAUGUGGGAAAGCUUUUGGAGUAGGUAGUGAACUUACUCGACAUCAGAGAAUUCACAGUGGUCAGAAACCUUAUGAAUGUAAAGAGUGUGGGAAGUUCUUUAGACUUACUUCAGCUCUUAUUCAACAUCAAAGAAUUCAUAGUGGUGAGAAACCAUAUGAAUGUAAGGUAUGUGAGAAGGCUUUUAGACACAGUUCAGCCCUUACUGAACAUCAGAGAAUUCAUACUGGAGAGAAACCUUAUGAAUGUAAAGCAUGUGGGAAGGCCUUUAGACAUAGUUCAUCCUUUACAAAACAUCAGAGAACUCACAAUGGUAAGAAACCCUAUGAAUGUAAGGAAUGUGGUAAUGCUUUUAGUAUGAGCAGACCUCUCGAUGUUUCACCUCCAAUCUCCCUUGCAAGGCGUCAGUGGUCAGGAACAGCUCAGAGACUAACACCCAGCUCCCGUACCGCUCCGCGCAGAGCCGCCGGCCUGAAUACGCGGCGACCUCUGGGAAAGCCUCAGACCGUGCCCUGGAAUUUUCUGGCGCUGGCUUGCACCGUGGUUCCUAGUUGGAGUCAGCCCCAACUACGGGUGAGCUUGAACCGAGCUUAUUACCACUGCCUUCUCCCAGAGGUAGCUGGCACAGGUAGAGUAUUACCUAAGUCAGGAGUCUCGGGCAAUAUACACUCCUCCCUGAAUCAGGGAGAUAGUCCCACAGGCUCGGGUGGAGUUGAGAAGGCGCGAAAGCUGACUCGAACCACCGAAACUUCUGGGAAAUGUAGUCCACAAUCAGAAAAGUGGACGCCCGACCAAUAUCGACCGAUUCCGCCCGGUAUUGAGCCCGGGCUCGGUGGAGCCCAGGAGACCUCUGGGAAUGCUCACCAGCCGGCAGUGCGCAGGCGCAAGCUGUCUGGCUCGCCAUCGUCGUCUUUGUCUGCUGGUGAGUUUGGUUUUGGUUCUGCGAAGCGUAGAUCUGGAUAUCUGAGAAUUAUUAUUGGAGAGAAACCAUCUGCAUAUAUUGAAUGUGGGAAAGCUUUCAUCCAUGUAUCAAAUCUCCUUCAGCGUGAUCAAAUUCAUACUGAAGAGAAACUGUAUGAAUGCAAUGAAUGUGGAAAAACAUUUAGUCUGAAGCAAAACCUCAUAGAGCAUAAGAAAAUGCAUACUGCAGAGAAAUCACAUGAAUGUACUGAAUGUGGUAAAGUGUUCUCUCGAGUCUCAUCCCUUACUCUACAUUUGAGAAGUCAUACAGGAAAGAAAUCAUAUCAGUGUAAUAAAUGUGGGAAAGCCUUUAGCCAGAAAGGAAACUUGCUUACUCAUCAAAAACAUCAUACUGGAGAGAAACCUUAUGAAUGUGGGAAAGCUUCUAUUCAGAUGUCAAGCCUUAUUAAACAACAGAGAAAUCAUAUUGGAAACAAACCCUAUGCAUGUAAGGAAUGUGGCAAAGCCUUCAGUGGCAAAUCAUAUCUCUCUGAGCAUGAGAAAAUUCAUACAGGAGAGAAACCCUUUGAAUGUAACCAAUGUGGAAGAGCCUUCAGCCAGAAGCAAUACCUCGUCAAACAUCAGAAUAUCCAUAGUGGAAAGAAACCCUUUAAAUGUAAUGAGUGUGGAAAAGCCUUUAGCCAGAAAGAAAACCUCAUUAUCCAUCAAAGAAUUCAUACUGGAGAGAAACCUUAUGAAUGUAAAGGGUGUGGGAAAGCUUUCAUUCAGAAGUCAAGCCUCAUUAGGCAUCAGAGAAGUCAUACAGGAGAGAAACCUUAUAUAUGUAAAGAAUGUGGAAAAGCUUUCAGUGGCAAAUCAAACCUCACAGAGCAUGAGAAAAUUCAUAUUGGAGAGAAACCCUAUAAAUGUAAUGAAUGUGGAACAAUCUUUAGGCAGAAGCAGUACCUCAUUAAACAUCACAAUAUUCAUACAGGAGAGAAACCCUAUGAAUGUAAUAAAUGUGGGAAAGCCUUCUCUCGAAUCACAUCACUUAUUGUACAUGUGAGAAUUCAUACAGGUGAUAAGCCUUAUGAAUGUAAAAUAUGUGGGAAAGCCUUCUGUCAAAGCUCAUCUCUUACUGUGCAUAUGAGAAGCCAUACAGGUGAGAAGCCCUAUGGUUGCAAUGAAUGUGGAAAAGCCUUCUCUCAGUUCUCAACUCUUGCUUUGCAUAUGAGAAUCCAUACUGGAGAAAAACCUUAUCAGUGUAAUGAAUGUGGGAAAGCUUUUAGCCAGAAGUCACAGCUUACCACACAUCAGAUCAUCCAUACUGUUGAGAAACCCUAUGAGUGUAAGGAAUGUGGAAAGGCCUUUAGACAUCCCUCAAGACUCAGUCAUCAUCAGAAAAUUCAUUCUGGCAAGAAACCGUUUGAAUGUAAGGAAUGUGGAAAAACCUUUAUUUGUGGCUCAGACCUUACCCGACAUCACAGAAUUCACACUGGUGAGAAACCCUAUGAAUGUAAAGAAUGUGGGAAGGCCUUCAGCAGUGGCUCCAACUUCGCUCGACAUCAGAGAAUUCACACUGGUGAGAAGCCCUAUGAAUGUAAAGAAUGUGGGAAGGCCUUCAGUAGUGGCUCAAACUUUACUCAACAUCAGAGAAUUCAUACAGGGGAGAAACCCUAUGAGUGUAAGAUAUGUGGGAAUGCCUUUAGUCAAAGCUCGCAACUUAUUAAACAUCAGAGAAUCCACACGGGUGAGAAACCCUAUGAAUGUAAGGAAUGUGAAAAGGCUUUUCGUUCUGGCUCAGACCUUACUCGACAUCAGAGAAUUCAUACUGGUGAGAAGCCCUAUGAAUGUAAGAUAUGUGGGAAAGCCUAUUCUCAGAGUUCACAACUUACUAGUCAUCAUAGAAUUCAUACUAGUGAGAAGAAACCCUAUGAAUGUAAGGAAUGUGGGAAGGCCUUUAGAGUACGCCAACAACUUACAUUUCAUCAUCGAAUUCAUACUGGUGAGAAACCUUAUGAAUGUAAGGAAUGUGGGAUGGCAUUUAGACAGACAGCACAUCUUACUCGACAUCAGAGACUUCAUUCUGGUGAAAAACUCUAUGAAUGUAAGGAAUGUGGGGAAUCUUUCAUGUGUGGCCCAGAACUUAGAGUACAUCAGAAAAUUCAUAUUGGUGAGAAACCCUAUGUAUGUAAAGAAUGUGGGAAGGCCUUCAGAGUUCGUGGACAACUUACUCUCCAUCAGAGGAUUCAUACUGGUGAGAAACCCUAUGUAUGUACAGAAUGUGGGAAAGCCUUUAGGCAGUAUGCACAUCUUACUCGACAUCAGAAGCUUAAUAUUGCUGACAAACUCUAUGAAUGUAAAGAAUGUGGGAAGGCCUUUUUGUGUGGGUCUGGCCUUAGAGUACAUCACAAACUUCAUACUGGGGAGAAACCCUAUGAAUGUAAAGAAUGUGGGAAGGCCUUUAGAGUACGACAACAACUGACACUCCAUCAGAGAAUUCAUACUGGUGAGAAGCCGUAUGAAUGUAAGGAAUGUGGAAAGACUUUUAGUCGUGGUUAUCAUCUUAUUCUUCAUCACAGAAUUCAUACUGGUGAGAAACCUUAUGAAUGUAAGGAAUGCUGGAAGGCCUUUAGUCGUUACUCACAACUUAUUUCACACCAGAGUAUUCAUAUUGGUGUUAAACCCUAUGACUGUAAGGAAUGCGGGAAAGCCUUUAGACUACUCUCACAACUUACACAACAUCAGAGUAUUCAUAUUGGUGAGAAACCCUAUAAAUGUAAGGAAUGUGGGAAGGCCUUUAGAUUGCGCCAAAAACUUACGCUACAUCAGAGCAUUCAUACUGGUGAAAAACCUUUUGAAUGUAAGGAAUGUAGGAAAGCCUUUAGACUUAAUUCAUCUCUUAUUCAACAUCUGAGAAUUCAUUCUGGUGAGAAACCUUAUGAAUGUAAGGAAUGUAAGAAGACCUUUAUCCGUCGCUCAACACUUAGUCAACACCUGAGAAUUCAUACUGGUGAGAAACCUUACAAAUGUAAGGAAUGUGGGCAGGCCUUUAGACAGCGUGCACACCUUAUCAGACAUCACAAACUUCAUACUGGUGAGAAACCCUAUGAAUGCAAGGAAUGUGGGAAGGCCUUUACAGUCCUCCAAGAACUGACUCAGCAUCAGAGACUUCAUACUGGUGAAAAGCCCUAUGAAUGUAAGGAAUGUGGAAAGGCCUUUAGAGUACAUCAGCAACUCGCUCGACAUCAGAGAAUUCACACUGGCGAGAAGCCCUAUGAAUGUAAGGCAUGUGGGAAGACCUUUAGGCAGUGUACACACCUUACUCGACAUCAAAGACUUCAUACUUCUGAGAAGCUCUAUGAAUGUAAGGAAUGUGGGAAAGCCUUCGUAUGUGGUCCAGACCUUAGAAUACAUCAGAAAAUACAUUUUGGGGAGAAACCCUAUGAAUGUAAGGAAUGUGGAAAGACUUUUAGGAUAUGUCAACAGCUUACUGUCCAUCAAAGUAUUCAUACUGGUGAGAAACCCUAUGAAUGUAAGGAGUGUGGGAAGACUUUUAGAUUAAGGCAACAACUUGUUCGCCAUCAGAGAAUUCAUACUCGUGAGAAACCCUAUGAAUGUAUGGAGUGUUGGAAGACCUUUAGUAGUUACUCACAACUUAUUUCCCAUCAGAGCAUUCAUAUUGGUGAGAGACCUUAUGAAUGUGAAGAAUGUGGGAAGGCCUUUAGACUGCUGUCACAACUUACUCAACAUCAGAGUAUUCAUACUGGUGAGAAACCUUAUGAAUGUAAGGAAUGUAGAAAACCUUUUCGACUGCUCUCACAACUUACUCAACAUCAGAGUAUUCAUACUGGAGAGAAACCUUAUGAAUGUAAGGAAUGUGGUAAAGCUUUUAGACUUUAUUCUUUUCUUACUCAACAUCAGAGAAUUCAUACUGGUGAGAAACCCUACAAAUGUAAGGAAUGUAAGAAGGACUGUGGGAAAUCCUUUAGUCGUGGCUCACUUGUUACUCGACAUCAGAGGAUUCACACUGGUGAAAAACCCUAUGAAUGUAAAGAAUGUGGCAAGGCUUUUAGUUGUAGUUCGUAUUUUUCUCAACAUCAGAGGAUUCACACUGGUGAGAAACCCUAUGAAUGUAAGGAAUGUGGAAAGACCUUUAAUUAUUGCUCAAACCUUAAUGAUCAUCAGAGAAUUCACACUGGUGAAAAACCCUAUGAAUGUAAAGUAUGUGGAAAAGCCUUUACUAAGAGUUCACAACUUUUUCCACACCUGAGAAUUCAUACUGGUGAGAAACCUUAUGAAUGUAAGGAAUGUGGGAAAGCCUUUACUCAACAUUCAAGGCUUAUUCAGCAUCACAGAAUGCACACUGGUGAGAAACCUUAUGAGUGUAAGGAAUGUGGGAAGGCCUUUAGUAGUGCCUCAACACUUACUAACCAUCACAGAAUUCACACUGGCAAGAAACUCUAUGAAUGUAAAGAAUGUGGAAAGGCCUUUAUUCAGAGCUCAGAACUUAUUCAACAUCAGAGAAUCCAUACAGGUGAAAAACCAUAUGAAUGUAAUGAGUGUGGAAAGGCUUUUAAUAAAGGCUCAAACCUUACUCGUCAUCAAAGAAUUCACACUGGUGAGAAACCUUAUGACUGUAAAGAAUGUGGAAAGUCCUUUGGUAGUCGCUCUGACCUCAUCCGCCAUGAAGGAACUCAUAAUGGAUAAAAACCCUAUGAAUGUAAGAAAUGUGGAAAGGUCUUUAGUCAGAAUUCACAAUUUCUUCAACAUCAGAGAAUUCAUAUUGGCGAAAAAUCUUAUGAAUGUAAAGAGUGUGGGAAAUUCUUUAGCUGUGGCUCACAUGUUACUCGACAUCUGAAAAUUCAUACAGGUGAAAAACCCUUUGAAUGUAAAGAAUGUGGAAAGGCCUUCAGCUGUAGCUCAUACCUUUCUCAGCAUCAGAGAAUUCAUACAGGUAAGAAACCCUAUGAAUGUAAGGAAUGUGGGAAGGCCUUUAGUUAUUGCUCAAAUCUUAUUGACCAUCAGAGAAUUCACACUGGUGAAAAACCCUAUGAAUGUAAAGUAUGUGGAAAAGCCUUUACUAAGAGCUCACAACUUUUUCAGCAUGUGAGAAUUCAUACAGGUGAGAAACCCUAUGAAUGCAAGGAAUGUGGCAAAGCUUUCACUCAGAGCUCAAAGCUUGUACAGCAUCAGAGAAUUCAUACAGGUGAGAAACCGUAUGAGUGCAAAGAAUGUGGCAAGGCCUUUAGUAGUGGCUCAGCACUUACUAAUCAUCAGAGAAUUCACACGGGAGAGAAACCCUAUGAUUGUAAGGAAUGUGGGAAGGCUUUUACUCAGAGCUCACAACUUCGUCAACAUCAGAGAAUUCAUGCUGGUGAGAAACCUUUUGAAUGUCUUGAAUGUGGGAAAGCCUUUACUCAGAACUCACAGCUUUUUCAACAUCAAAGAAUUCAUACAGAUGAAAAACCAUAUGAAUGUAAUGAAUGUGGAAAGGCCUUUAAUAAAUGCUCAAACCUUACUCGACAUCUCAGAAUUCAUACUGGUGAAAAGCCCUUUAACUGUAAGGAAUGUGGAAAGGCAUUUAGUAGUGGCUCAGAUCUCAUUCGUCAUCAGGGAAUUCAUACGGGAAAGAAACCUCACACGUGUGAGGAAUGUGGGAAGGACUUCAGCCGGAGCUCAAACUUGUCCAUCCAUCGGCGAGUGCACACAGGUGAGAAGCCCUAUAGAUGCAGUGUGUGUGGGAAGGACUUCAGCCGCAGCUCCAACCUCUCCAUCCACCAGCGCAUCCACACAGGUGAGAAACCCUUCAGCUGCCGUGAGUGUGGAAAGGACUUCAGCCGCAGGGCAGCCCUGCAGAUCCACCAGAGUGUCCACACAGGAAGGAAGCCCCACGCCUGUGAGGUAUGUGACAGGCGCUUCACCUCGCGCUCUGCACUGGCUCGACACCAGCAGGGCCAUGCAGGAGACAAGGCCUAUCUGUGCGACACAUGUGGCCGGGGCUUCAGCCAGAGAGCCAACCUCUACCUGCACCAGCGUGUUCACACGGGAGAGAGGCCAUUCCGGUGCGAGGCCUGUGGGAAAUGCUUCAGCUGGAGCAAGGACCUGGGUAUCCACCGGAGAGUCCACACGGGUGAGCGGCCCUACAGAUGUGCGGCUUGUGGCAGGGACUUCAGGCAUCACUCAGCCCUCAAGAGGCACCAGAGGGUGCACACAGGGGAGAAGCCGUACCCCUGUGCUAUAUGUGGGAAGGGCUUCAGUCAGAGAGUCCACCUGAAGAUGCACCAGAAGGUGCACUGACGGGAGAGGCUUCCAGGAUUGGGCUCUGCACGUGUAGGUAUCUUCCAUGGGCAGGGCCAGUGCCAGGGCAUAAGUGCUGAGGUGCACAACAUGGAUCAGGCUUAA